GCGCUAUCUAAAAAGGACAGUGGUAUUGUUUCUCGUUAAAUUUUUAAACUGUUUUGAUCGUAAAUUACGUAUCAAAACUACGAUUUACACUUUAAUUGAAUCUACUCCAGUUAAGGUGAUAUUUUACUUAGUUUUUUUGGCUUUUGUGUAUUUAUUACAUUCGAAAGCAUUCUUGGUCUGUAUCAAAGUACUUUAGUUAAGGUUUGACAUCUUGCUAGAGUUUGUCUUGUGGUUCAUACUGUGACCAUAUUGUGUAUUACACCUUAAUCAGACUAAAAUGGUUGGUAGUACCCACAAAUGUGGACAACCAAACUGUUUGUUCCCUGUGGAGGAGGGAAUGCAGUGUGACGAAUGCAAUAAAUGGUUCCACAAAAUGUGCACCCGUUUAAGUCCCACUGCAUAUAAAAGAUGUUCGAAGCCUAACUCACAUUGGCUUUGCAUGUUUUGCUGUGCCAACAAGGCAUUGCUAAUACAGGAGGCUAUGAGCCUAUUGGCUCUGGCCUGUAAGAAGAAUGAUGGCAUAUGCGCCGACAACACGGGCACUGACAGUGACGAAUGUGCCAGUGUUGUUACGCGACGCCUCAAAAAACCGACUCUGACCGACGUAAAACUGAAAUCUUCGUUGAUAUUAACAGGGGGAGUAGUACCACCAAGUACUGACAUUGUUAAUAAUGCACCUUUAGUAGGAACCGUAGAUCUGGAUAAAACAGUCACCAUUCCAAAUAGUUCCAGUGUUAUGAGGGAUGAAAAAUGGACUACGGUACGUAGGAAACGAAACGAAAAGAAAAAAGCUGUAAGCAGUACACAGGAAGUUAGUAACUCACUGGCGGACCCAAAUUGUGAGCCACAAAUUGCACUACCAAGAUCUGAUGGUAAGAGUGAAACCCAUCCUUGCGUAACUGAGAAGAAAAGUCUAAUAACAUCGAAUAUUAUUGUGAGCAAAUUGCGGGAGUCAAAUGACCCUGAUCCGAAAAUUAGACACGCGCAUGACUUAGAAAAGCUAGGAGAAUACAUUCGUAGUAUUUUACCAGAUAACUCCAAAGGAGUUCAGGUUAAAAAGUUGGUAAGAAUAGGCAAGAGGACCGAGGACAAUGUUGAACCCCGUCCAUGCAGACUCCUUAAGGUAAUCCUAGGAUCGGAGAAGCAACGGGAUCUCUUGUUAAGUAGCGCUCGUUGUCACGACAAUUCUGACAUCCGAGUUAGACCUGACAUAUCUCUCGAAGAUAGAAUAAAAAGGAAGAAAGCACUAGCUGAGCUUGAAACCCGUCGGCAAAACGGCGAGGAAAAUCUCCGGCUAGUGGGUUUUCGGAUAGUCAGGUCUUGGAAGCGAAUGCUACCAAGGCCUGUGUGGAUAGGCUGUUCUACUUAGGAGUUUUAUAUGCCAACGCUCGUAGUCUACGAAAUAAGUUCUAUGAACUAGAAGCACUAGUGGACAGGUUAAAGCCACUCAUAGUAGCAGUGACAGAAACUUGGUUAGUCGAUGACUUAGACAUUACUCCAGAAUUAUCCGGAUACCAUUGCAUCAGGAGUGAUAGACAUAGAUGUAGGAAAGGAGGCGGCGUCCUGUUAUACAUAGCCAAUAGCAUAAAUAUCCGCUCCUCUAUUAGCGAAUCCCAUGAUAGCGGCACUUGUGAAGUCAUUAGCUGUAAGUUGGCUAUAGGAUGUAGUACAUUUAUGCUAGGUGUCAUCUAUCGGAGCCCAAUCUGCCUAGCUGAUGACUUUGUUUUAGAGCACAUUCAUCUUUGGAGUGAAAAUACCAGAUGUUUGAUAAUAGGAGACUUUAACGCACCUGAUAUUAGUUGGACUGAUAUGACCACAGAAGGAUCUAUAAACUCCUUUGAUAGUAAGUUCCUGAUAACAAUAAUGGAGCAUGCACUAGUACAGCAUGUAUCCCAACCC